AUGGCACCCAAGGCUGCUGAGAAGAAGCCCAGCACUGGUGGCAAGGCCCCAGCUGGCGGCAAGGCCCCCGCUGAGAAGAAGGAAGCUGGCAAGAAGACUGCGGCUGCUGCCUCUGGUGACAAGAAGAAGCGCGGAAAGACCAGGAAGGAGACCUACUCUUCUUAUAUCUACAAGGUUUUGAAACAGGUUCAUCCCGAUACCGGAAUUUCCACUCGUGCCAUGUCUAUCUUGAACUCCUUCGUCAAUGACAUCUUCGAGCGUGUCGCAACUGAGGCCUCCAAAUUGGCCGCUUAUAACAAGAAGUCCACUAUCUCAUCAAGGGAGAUCCAGACCUCUGUCAGACUUAUCCUGCCUGGUGAACUGGCGAAGCAUGCCGUGUCGGAAGGCACCAAGGCUGUGACAAAGUACUCCUCUUCUGCCAAAUAA